CUCCUCUUCAUCCUCUCUACUCCUCCUCCUCCUCCUCCUCCUCAUCUCCUUCCACAAUGCAUUCAAACGGCUCCUCCUCCUCCUCCUCCUCGUCGUUCACAACAACAUCACCUGGAACAACCUCCUCUUUCACCAAUCCAUUCUCCGCCCUUAUCGACCAGUCCGUUGCAACUCUCCCACAGUUCACCUUCGAGUCAGGCGUCACUCUCAAAGAUGUCCCCGUAGCCUACAAGACUUGGGGCCGUCUGAACGCCCGCGCAGACAACUGUCUUGUCAUUUGUCACGCUCUCACAGGCAGCGCCGACGUUGAGGACUGGUGGGGCCCACUUCUUGGCCCGAACCGUGCUUUCGACCCAACCCGUUUCUUCAUCUUCUGCGGCAAUGUCAUCGGCUCUCCUUACGGUACAGUGUCCAGCGUCACUGCAAACCCCGCAAACGGCAAGCCAUACGGCCCAGAGAUGCCUGGUAGUAGCAUCAAGGAUGACGUCCGGUUGCACUUCACCGUCCUCCAGCAGCUUGGCGUCAAGUCGAUUGCGGCUGUCGUUGGCGGCUCGAUGGGUGGCAUGACCUGCCUUGAAUGGCCCCUCAACACGCCUCCUGGCUUUGUCCGCGCCAUCGUUCCUCUUGCAACCUCGGCUCGUCACUCGGCAUGGUGCAUCUCGUGGGGUGAGGCGCAGCGCCAGAGCAUCUAUUCCGACCCCGACUACCUCGACGGUUACUACUAUGACACACCCCACGGCAUCGACAUGCAUGCGCAGCCCAGCCGAGGGUUGGCGGCCGCACGCAUGGCUGCGCUCCUGACAUACCGCUCGCGCGACAGCUUUGAAUCGCGAUUUGGACGUAAGACGGGUGAAGGGAGGAAGAACAAGCAGGCGGCAGGUGUGCGGGUCAUGGGUGGGACUGAGACGACCAACCCACUCGACCCGAGCGAGAUCGACAUCCGGUCCCCGCACUGGAAGCAGCACAACGACGGGCAUCGGUCAUGGGCCAACUCGUCUCGCCAGGGCUCGCGCGCGCCUUCCCCACCCAGCCCGCACGCAUCGAAGCGAAACAGUGUUGACGCGCCCAACGGCUCAAACAUUGACAUUGGGAUCCCUAGCGGAAUUGGCGCCGGAGUUCGUCAGCCAAAGGUUUUCAACGCCCAGUCCUACCUCCGCUACCAGGGCGACAAGUUUACCUCUCGUUUCGACGCCAACUGCUACAUCCACAUUACCCGCAAGCUUGACCAACACGACCUGAGCCACCCCUCAGUGUUCCCGGGGAGUGUGAGCCACAGUUUGCCCACCGUGACGGCGGAGGACGACAGUGAGCUGGAGAGCGCUCUGCACCACGCGCUCUCGCUCGAGCCGCCCGCCCUAAUCAUUGGCAUUGAGAGCGACGGCCUUUUCCAGCCAUCUGAGCAGCGCGAACUCGCCGCCCACAUCCCGGACGCAGAGCUUGUCAUAAUCCCCUCGCCUGACGGACACGAUGGCUUCCUCCUCGAGUUCGAAGCGAUCAACGGCUGGGUCGACGGGUGGAUGCGGCGCAAGCUGCCCGAGUUCUUUGGGGAGCGCGUCAUCCCGCUCGAGGAGUACGAGGCGGGCGAGCAGGACGGGUUCGCCGUCAAGAAGGAGAGUGUGUUUGGCGAGGCAGAGGCCGACGUCACGCGAUGGUAGACAGAGACAGAGGUGGAGGAGGCGGAGUCGGUCCAAGCUGGUAUAGUACGCCAGCAGAUCGGAUUAUGUGUCCGGUCCAACAUCGGGUUUUCUUGCAUAGUUAGCAUUGCCGGUCCAACAUCGGCUCAAUCAGUAAAGCAAAGCAUAAGUGUACAAUUGUACGUAGCAAUAGCAUGUUAUUGGAUAGCGGGG